UGAGUGGAACGGAUUAAACUUGAAUAUAAACUGUCCCUCUAUGUUGGAUGUGACCUUCCUUGGGGAACAGUGCCAUUGUCCGCUGCGGCCUUUGUUUGGAAAUAUUGAGAGAUGCCCCUUCGAGUUCAGUGUGCCAAUACGAGGUUCAGGUUCUGAGAUCAGCUCCUGACCUGGGAAAGUAAGGCGUAUAAACUAAUUAGCUAUUCUUAGGUAAAAAUAGCAAUGCUUCAGGCUUAGUGCAAACACGUCUCGGGCUUCUCUUCUCCGACAGCCCAGCGGCACUAUGAUGGUGCUCGCGAGUAAACAAAGAUGUUCUCAGAUGAUAUCGGAUUUCUAUAAAAGGCGGCUCUCCGACCGACGAGCAUACAGUUUGAAACACUUGCUCGACGAAAAUGAACGCCCUGACAGUACUUUUAGUUCUGGGACUGGCCCUGGCCGUUGCUAAUGCCGGCAUUCCCGGAGGCCUCACACCGCUGGAGGGUGAACGGUUGGAGGAGGCCAAGGCGACUCUCCGCAGCUCGCUGGAGAAAUUGGCUUCAGGGGACGGACCCAACUACCAGGUCGUGAAAGUGAAGUCUGCGACCACCCAGGUGGUGGCUGGCAGCCUCAAAAAAUUCGAAGUGGAGCUCUCCAACGGCUCUGACCACAAGGAUUGCAUCGUCAGCAUUUGGUCCCAGCCCUGGCUGAAGGAGAACGGCACCCAGCUUACCAUUGAAUGCGAAAAAGAGGGCAAAAUCGAGAAAACUUGGUAGAAAGACAGCUAGCUCCGCAACACGUCGACCGAAUAAUUAUAUAAACAGAAGCUCAGGCUCGAAAACUAGUCGUGACAGCUGGUGUGUGUGAACUGUUCGUUCUCCCACACGCCUUUGCUUAAACGGGUUGCCGAGCCGAAGCCCCUAAUGAUUUGCUAACAAACUUUUUUAUUCCUCGUCAUAAACGCUUGAGUCUAA